GACAGACAGACAGACAGACAGAUAGUUUGAUUGAUAGCUAGCGCAGGCUUAUUUUUUGUUGUUGCUUUAAGCAUAGCUAUUGUCACGGUUAGUUUUAAAAUGUCGAUCUUUUUGGUGGAACACAGACACAAAAACUUACCAAACGAUUUUUGCAGUCUUUAUAGAUAUUAUUCACCAUGAGAAAAUUGCAGGGCAGACUAAGCAGAAGUAGGUGAGAGUGAGACCCUCUGGACUGUCUGGAGUUGAGACAGAAAAAGUUUUCAAGACAAGGAUUGUGACAUUGUGACGUCAGCAACGCCUCUAUAUUCACCGCCGACCGCAGCAGCCGCAACAAAUGAACAUCCCUUUAUCAUUCAAUACUUUGUAACUGCGUUGAAACUUCGAGCAUGCGUCUCCGGAAAGCGGUUUUUGUUCCCCGAAAGCGUGAGAAAACCCAGCAUCUUGCAGGAGAUGAGAAAGUUUUUUGAUUAAAGUUUGUAGCAAAGCCAGCCAGCCGGAGAAAGUUACCGGUGCUCGACUUCUACAGCGGGAUAUCGCCUGGCCUCGGUACGUUAUACAUGCAUCUAUCAUUUAAUAAGGAUAAACUAUGCAUUUUGAAUCUAAAGGGUCCGAAACACAUGUUUGUGCAAUGCAAAAUGUCGCUGUUGGAAAAAUUGAGAAGAAUCUGCGCUCCGUUGACUGAUCACAUUACUGUGCUGUAGUUGUUCGUUGGACGUGCGUCAUGGUGAAAGAUUUAUUGAAGAGGCAUGACAGAUGAUCCACAUGCAGUGGCCCCAAACGCAUUUGGAUACUUAAGCUGCACAUGAACUAUAUGAAAUUCAUUGCAUUAGAUUUUAACUGCACUGCACUACGUUUUUGCUUAUGUGAUAUGCUUUGCCUGAAGAGUGUGCUUAUAUUAUUUAUUUCUUAUAUCUAUUUUUCUUAUAUAUUCUCAUGUAUUUGUUAUCUAAUGCAGUGAUCUAUAUCCACAAGUGUGGCUUAAGUGUCCAAACAUUUGUUCUGAUUUUUAUUUAUUUAUUUGUUUAUCAUUGUCGUCAUAAGUUUUUUUUUCUUCACAUUUUAUAUAAUGAUCUUAGAUCUUAUUAUUAUAAACUUAAUAUUGUCUACUACAGUAACCCUGCCAAUCUGAUGUUAAGCUUGCAUAUUUUGUGUGCAAAGCUGUGAAACAGGUUUAAUUUACAUCAUGUGAUUCUAAAUUGGUAGAACAGUCUCUUCAGACUAGAGCUUUUCACAGCACAGCCCAGUUCUUAACAAACAGUGUAUUGUAAGAAUGUGCAUAAUCCAGAUUUGUACAAUGUAUUGUACAAACAAAAUCUGCUUGUUUUCUAAUGCUUUACAGGACUCCCUUGAAUGAACCCACCACAACAGAUCAUUUCUUCAUCUUUUAGCAUUCAGAAGUUCCAGACAGCUUUGAUCAGACUGCUUUUUCUCUCAUAUCUUGUAGUUUGUCAACAUGUCUGUCCAGACAUGGGUAUCCAGCAGCCUCCCAUAAUGAACAGCUCUAAGAAUGGAACAGCGGUGGCCAACUCCAGUAACGGCCUGGACGACGACGGGCUCGUGGUCCUGGAGUCUGUCUCUAUCAUCAUCAUAGCCAUAUUGGCGUGUCUGGGGAAUCUGGUCAUUGUGGUGACGCUAUAUAAGAAGCCUUACUUACUAACACCCAGUAACAAGUUUGUCUUCAGCCUGACUUUGUCCAAUUUGCUGCUGUCUGUCCUAACACUGCCUUUCGUUGUGGCCAGCUCGGUGCGUCGGGAUUGGAUGUUUGGAGUGGUGUGGUGUAACUUCACAGCACUGCUCCUUCUACUCGUCAGCUCAUCCAGCAUGCUUACACUUGGAGCUAUUGCCAUUGACAGGUACUAUGCUGUUUUAUAUCCCAUGAUCUACCCCAUGAAAAUCACGGGAAACCGAGCUGUGCUCACCAUUGUUUACGUGUGGCUCCACUCCCUGGUUGGAUGCCUGCCGCCGCUUUUCGGUUGGUCUGCGUUCGAAUUUGACCGCUUCAAGUGGACCUGCACAGUGGCUUGGCACAAGGAGAUCAGCUAUACUGCCUUCUGGGUUACGUGGUGCUGCCUUCUGCCACUGGCAGCCAUGCUGGUCUGCUAUGGUGUUAUCUUCCGUGUGGCCCGCAUCAAAGCUCAGAAGAUUUACUGUGGCAGCGUGGUGGUGGCUCAGGAGGAGUCCCGUUCUCAGAAGAACGGGCGCAAGAACUCUUAUACUUCCAUAUCUUCGAGUGGAAGCCGCAAGAGCCUGGUGUACUCUGGGAGCCAUUGCAAGGCCUUCAUCACCAUUCUGGUUGUGCUGGGGACGUUUCUGACCACUUGGGGUCCAUAUGUGGUAGUUAUCAGCACUGAAGCACUGUGGGGUAAAGACAGUGUUCCUUCACAGAUGGAGACACUGGUCUCCUGGCUGUCCUUCACCAGUGCUGUGUGUCAUCCACUUAUUUAUGGGCUGUGGAACAAGACAGUACGUAAGGAGUUGUUGGGCAUGUGCUUUGGCGACCGCUACUACAGAGAGUCUUUUGUUAUACGGCACCGGACCUCUCGUCUCUUUAGCAUCUCUAACCGGAUAACGGAUUUGGGAAUGUCUCCUCACCUGACGGCCAUGUUCGUGGGUGGUGGGCAGCUCCUGGGCCGUGGCAGCAGCACUGGAGACACUGGCUUCAGCUACACCCAGGACUCAGCUACAGACGUCAUGCUGUUGGACAGCUACACCUCAGAGCCCUCCCACUCUGCCCACUGUGCUACCGAUAAGAGAAGAAGUUCUGUCACAUUCGAAGACCAAAUGGAUCAUAUUCCUAACGGUGACCCCUCAGUAGUCCAAGUGACAGCAGACAUCCAUAAGUCUUUGGACAGCUUUGCAUCCUCUCUUGCUAAGGCUAUAGAGAACGAUGCCAAGCUUCAACUCUUUGGGGAAUGGACUCAAAUUCCAACAAGUCUGUUCAUAGUGCAAAACACACAGAGAGCUCCCCGUUACUUGGAUGGACAGAGACCCAGGAUGGAAAGCAUCGAUGAAGGAAUAGUUGAUGAUGAUGAUGACGACGAAGAGCUUAAGGAAAAAAUAGGUGACACUUCCAUGUAGUUCUUUGACUCAGUAAAUGGACCAGAUUGUGUAAUCUUCAGCUUUUAAAGGUACAGAACAUUAAAUGAACACAUAAGGUAAAUGUUUACAGAUAUACAGUGAUUCAUGUGUAAUUUGCAUACCAGG